UCGGGACACUCUCUCAUUUUUUUGUCAAAUCUCACUCAUCCCACUCCUCCACUAGAUGACUGCCACAUCACUAUUUUCUCCCUCUAACCCUCUCAGCCCUCUCCUCUCUCAACUCCGUCUUCUUUAUUUCUCUGUGCUCUCUGUGCAACGCAGGGCAACGAUCCCCAUCGCCGUUAAAUGUGUACUUUGACGAGUCCUCAGGUCACCACCACUCUAGAGGUUGCAGUGGCCAACACCACCGCCAGCCACUCACGGCGAUGGCCAUUCUGGCGAGCCAGAUCACACCACCUCGUCAUUCAGCUCGCCAUCUUUUCUUACAAACUCUCUCUCAUUUUUUUGCUUCUCGGUCCACAGAUGUACUGCACCACCGCCACCCAAUCUCGCGAACUUCAGCGAGAUUUCCAGUUCUACGAUCAAGAAACGAUUCGGGGAAAGAAACUCAUUUUCGAGGAGAACCGUGGCCAUCAAGCCAUAUUCAUGCCAUUUUUUCGAUCAACGCCGACCUUGCCUUAGCCUUAAAUGGCGAAACACAUUGCAAGGACUCUCAAUGCUACAAGGCAGAUUCGACUCGACGACAUGAUAUAUGUCAUAUACUCAUUUACGAAAGUUGUGACGUAUGGCAUCCUUGAAAUAUUGCUACAUUUGGUAAGCUUUUUUAUACUAUAUGUAGUAUUUAUAUUUUGGAAACUAUACUUCUUUUACAGCGAGAGGUUAUUAUGUUUUCGAAAAGGUUUUUAUAAAACUUUUAUUUUUAGGCCCAGUCACCUUUGAUUUUCGUCCCUCUAGGUUUAGCAGCUGAACUUUUGAAUCAAUGAGGAUGCUUGGAAAAUCUGGUAUUGGAGACUACCUCUGAUGGUAUAAUUCUCAAUUCACUCUACUGUACAUUACUUAUGCUCUGACAUCACGUGUGAAAUGAGUUCAUUCCCGCUUACCAGCGCACUCUUGUUUUUAGGCACUUUUAGAUUUAAAUUUAUUCACAUUUUCUACAUCACUACACUUUAUGGCUUCGUCACCUUCCAGGUAUCGGCCAGCACUGCUCGAUUCAGAGUCCUAGUAAACAUUCCGGGUAGGGGUGUGUCACAAACCCUCAUGAAUAUUAUUUUUAAGGGAGUUCAAAAUAAACAAAGUUUAUAAUCAUGAAUGUACAAGUCCGAAACAUGUGAAAUCCCAUAUAAACACUCAUGAUGUACUAAUGUUUUCAUUAGGCUCUUAUUUUGGAGUAUGUAAUACUUGAAAGACAAAUGUUAUUUUAUUUUAUUUUUUUAUUUU